UUUUGUCAGUUUCUAAGUGGUUAUAGUUAUUUCAUAAAAACUUCUCAACUUAAUAUUAUUUUAUGGUUAAAAAACGCAUUAUCAGUAUCUUGGGGCCGAGGGUGGUCUAAGUCAACAAUGUUGUUCAACUCUUUUUGGUCAAGACAAAUGUUCUUCAACUCUAAAUGAAUCUAUCAAUAAAACAUGGGAAAUUGCACCCAGUAAGCACAAAAAAAAAACAAAAUUUACUACCUAACUAAAAACAUCCUCUCUCUCCUACUUUCUCUUCCUAUCUCUCUCUACUCUUUCUCUAAAAAUCUAAUUUCCUUUUUUUUUUAGCUAUUUAGCAAAUAAGCCCAUAAAACAUUCUGUAACAAACUAACAAUUACCAAAAGUCUUACUCAAAGAAAAAAAAAACUAAUGGCAAAUCAGAAUAAAACUGUCUGUGAUUUUUUUCCGUAUCUAAUGCACUAACAUCGGCAAUUGCAUGACUGUGAUUGAAAAAUUUAUUACGUUUCCAAUAAAAUAAGACAAAAAUCCUGACCUUGAAAUGUGGAAAAUAUAACUGAAAAAGUUAGUGGAAAAUCUAAAAAAGCCAACGUCACUUUUACACCAUUAAUACGUGAGAAAAAUUAAAUAGACUAAUGGGAGAAGAGAACCAAAGUUAAUACCAAACAUCCCCAAGUCUUUAAGACUCUUCUCUCUUUCUAUUCAUAGAGUUCAGACCGUAACGCCCAUCUUCUUGUCUGAAUCUCAAAAGCUUUUCCUCAACACGGAGAUGGCAGACGUUAAACCUAAAAGUCUGAAUAUUGUCAUGUUUCCUUUCAUGGCACAAGGCCAUAUCAUCCCUUUUGUUUCUUUAGCCCUUCGUUUAGAGAAGAUGAUCAAGAAGAACAAGAACAGAGAAGACAACCUCAUCCUCUCUCUUGUCAACACUCCUUUGAACAUGCCCAAACUACGUUCCAAACUUCCUCCUGACUCCUCGAUAACACUCAUCGAGUUGCCUUUCAACAGCUCCGACCACGGCCUCCCUCACGACGCCGAGAAUUUCGACUCUCUCCCUUACUCUCUCGUCAUCAGCCUCCUCGAAGCUUCAAGAUCCCUCCGUGAGCCCUUUCGAGACUUGAUCACUAAGAUCUUGAGAGAAGGAGAUGAUGUUGUGGUGGUUGGAGAUUUCUUCUUGGGCUGGAUCGGUGAGGUUUGCAAAGAGGUUGGUGUUUCUUCGUUUAUCUUUAGCGCUUCUGGUGCUUUUGGGUUAGGUUGUUAUAGAUCCAUUUGGCUUCACUUGCCGCACAAAGAAACCGAACAAGAUCAGUUUCUAUUACAUGAUUUUCAAGAAGCAGGGGAGAUUGAGAAGACUCAGUUGAACUACUUCAUGUUAGAAGCUGACGGAAGCGAUGAAUGGUCGGUUUUCAUGAAGAAAAAUCUGCCAGGAUGGUCUGAUUUCGAUGGAUUCUUGUUCAAUACGGUUGAGGAAAUAGAUCACAUCGGUUUGUCUUACUUUCGUAAAAUAACCGGUGGUAAACCGGUUUGGCCGGUCGGACCGGUUUUACCCGAUGCUGGCUCGAGGUCGACAGAUGAAGAUGUGAAGGCAUGGCUUGACUCAAAACCGGAUCAUUCGGUGGUCUACGUGUGUUUUGGUUCGAUGAACUCUAUUUCUCAAACUCACAUGUUGGAGCUGGCUAUGGCGUUAGAGAGUAGCGAGAAGAACUUCAUAUGGGUGGUGCGGCCACCAAUGGGCGUGGAGGCGAAUAAAGACUUUGAUGUGAAAGAGUAUUUACCGGAAGGGUUUGAAGAAAGAAUCAAGAAAUCAAGAAGAGGAGUGAUUGUGAAGAAAUGGGCGCCACAGGUUGAUAUAUUGUCACACAAGGCAACAUGUGUGUUUUUGAGUCAUUGUGGUUGGAACUCGAUACUCGAGUCGCUUAGCUACGGUGUGCCAUUGCUCGGAUGGCCUAUGGCGGGGGAGCAGUUCUUUAAUUCGAUAUUGAUGGAGAAACAUGUUGGGGUAUCGGUUGAGGUGGCGCGUGGUAAGAGGUGUGAUAUCAAAUGUGAUGAGAUUGUUUCUAAGAUCAAGCUGGUGAUGGAGGAGGAGAGUGAGGUAGGGAGAGAGGUUAGGAAGAAGGCUAAAGAGGUGAAGGAGUUAGUAAGGAGAGCGAUGGAUGAUGGAGUUAAUGGCUCUUCUGUUAUUGGUCUGGGAGAGUUUAUUAGCCAUGCAACGGUCAAGAACGAGAAGAGUUAAGACACUAGUUAAUAGAUGCAUGGUUUGUAUAAGGAUUUUAUUGGGAAUCACAUUAUUAGAAAAAAUGAAUAAUAUGACCGGUGGUUAUACCACACAAGUGUUGUGAUAGAAGAACUACUCUUUUCAUAAAGUGUUAGAUACUCUUUUGUUUGUUGAGUUGGACACACAUGGGCCCAAGAGUUUAUAUCUGUAUCUUUCACAUCGAAUAAUAUGUCUGAAGAAGUAA